GUAAUUCCUAUUUUGAAAUUCAGGGAAAUAGUGCUUUCAUUUUAUUUGAAGUAAUUACUUGCAAGAGUAAGAUUGCAAGAAAAAUAAAUUAAUUGUAUAAUUCGCCGCCGAAUUCGCUCGUAUGUCUCCGUAACCAUUCGUGACUCGCAACAAUUCUUACUGCAUGAUUUAGAAUUUUACUGGAAUCGACGAGAUUCGUUUGGAUUCGCAUAGUAUUCGACAAAUUCGAACGUCCUUUUCAAUAAUCGUCGGUAAUCUCCAAUUAAAAUACAAUAUAUUCAGAAUCCAGAAAUUUACAUUUUCUUAUGUUAAUUGAUGAAUAUUCGGAAGAUACCUAGUAUAUUCUCUACAUUACAAAUCGGGUAUUCGAGAGUGAACAGCCCCUCGCGUUUUUACAUAUUUUUAUUUCGAAAAUUUAUAUACUGCUGAUCACAAGUACAUAAUAUUGCAAUACAGUCAACCAUCUCAGUUAACCCCCUCUCAGUAAAGCCGCUUCCCCAGUUUGUCGAGCGAGCUUUUUCCCUACUACCCAAGUAGAAAUGUGCCACUGGAAUAGUACUGACCCAACACUGCCAGUCAGUAUAACAGUACUGGGCCAGUAGUGGACCAACCCUGGCAGGUAACGCUGUCCAGUACUGAUUUUGUCCUGCUCACCAGUAGGGGAGACCGAGGAGGAAAGUAACAGAGGAGGAAAGUAACAAAGCUUAUAACUUUUAAACAAAUUAUCGGAUAGACAUGGUUCAAACAUAUUUUUAGUCGGCACUGUUCCCCCUUCCUCCUCCAUAGUGUGUCCGAGCCUGACAGAAAAGGCUAGGUCUGAUUCCGGUGUGACGUGCAGAAAAAACGUCAAAAAAACAGAUGAUAAAAUAUUAGAUUCGUGAAGCGCUAGAUGCUUGAAUUAGAAGAAAAAACAAUUGUAAAUGCACUGGCAAUAUUGGUUGCAUCCCGUCACCAGAAGUGUACGUGUUACUAAAUCUACAUUAGGAAUGUCGCUGGCGUCUCGUGGGACGCGAAAAGCUCCCAUUAUUUUUAUUUUUAUAAUAAUUUUUCUCCUCGCACUCUAUCAACUUGGCAUUAUAUGCAGUGGACCGAAAGAUCGACCCAAUGCUGUUAUGGUAACCAAAGAGAAAUAUGUAGUUGGACCAUACGACCAAAAAACAUAUAGCUAUGAUAGAUAUAUGCCAUUAAUUUUCAUUGGUGGAAUGCCACGUUCAGGAACAACUUUAAUGCGUGCCAUGCUUGAUGCACAUCCCGAAGUGAGAUGUGGUCAAGAGACAAGAGUGAUACCAAGAAUUUUGCAAAUGAGAACCCAUUGGUACAAAUCAGAAAGGGAAAGUUUACGUCUUGAAGAAGCCGGUCUCUCAAAAGAUGUAAUAGAUAGUGCGAUAGCGGCCUUUUGUCUCGAGGUGAUAGCAAGACAUGGUGAACCAGCUCCUCGCUUGUGCAACAAGGAUCCACUUACAUUGAAGCUUGGUUCUUACGUUCUUGAACUAUUCCCCAACGCCAAGUUUAUUUUUAUGGUACGGGACGGACGAGCAACUGUUCAUUCUAUUAUAACCAGAAAGGUGACAAUAACAGGAUUCGAUUUAACAUCCUAUAGACAAUGUUUAACAAAGUGGAAUGUUGCUAUUUCCACAAUGUACAAUCAAUGCAAAGACGUUGGAAGCGAUCGUUGCCUAAUGGUUCCUUACGAGCAAUUGGUGCUUCAUCCUCGUGUGUGGAUGGAGAAAAUUCUCGGUUUCUUGGAUGUACCAUGGAACGAGUCAGUACUUCACCAUGAAGAAUUCAUCAAUAAACCUGGUGGAGUUCCGCUCAGCAAAGUCGAAAGAUCAUCGGAUCAAGUUAUUAAGCCAGUAAAUUUAGAGGCCUUGACGAAAUGGGUCGGUCAUAUCCCUAAGGACGUCGUAGAUGAGAUGGCAAAUAUUGCGCCAAUGUUGUCGGUACUUGGAUAUGAUCCUUAUGCAAAUCCACCAAAUUAUGGAGCACCUGACAAAAUAGUCAGCGACAACACUCGAAAGGUUCUUGCAAACGAUGACGCUUGGGCAGCUAAAGUUCGAGCACUCUCAUUGGUUGUCCCACCAAUUAAUGCUGUUAAUGCUGCCGCAGGAAACGCUGAAGAUUAUCCAGAUUCGACAAAAUUCGCGUGACCACUGGAUCAUCAACCAUUAGUUGGUUUCGACUCUUCUAAUGCGUAUAUCUACAGUUAUCUGUAAAAUUACUCUUUCGAAUUUCAAGUCACAGCGAAGAGUAUUCUUAAGCUUGUAAAGUUAGUUGUAACUUUAGCUUAUUGUUAAGAGAACAUAUAUAUAUAUAUAUAUAAUAAUUAACUUGAAAAUUGCGACUAUCUCACAGACUGCACAGAUUCAGUAUAUUAUACAUAUAAGUGUGUAUGUAAGCGUUUGAAUGGAGGACAAAUAAUAAUAUAAUAAUAAGAAUAAUAAUAAUAAUUGUUGACGCAAUUGAAACGUCCGAUUCUAAAAGUCAACACAAAGUUUUCCCCCCCCCCCAUCAAAUUAAAGGGCGAAAAAAAUUUAUAUCCUUCAUUUCUAAAUUUAUAAAAUAAAAAUAAAAAAAAUGUAGAAAAAUUCUAAAUCAUAUUAACAUUAUUCCUGUAAAUUAUUAGAAAAUUUCUAUCAACUACAAAUUUUCGAAUUUAUUUUUAAUUUUUUUCUUUAAUUUUACAAAAAUUUUUUUUCAUCUAAAAGUGAAAAAAAAUUGUUAUAAAUCUUUUAGAAUCUGACAUUUUACAAAACUCUGUAAUGUCAACUUUUUUCUACAAUGUUAAUUGUGUUUGAAUCUCAAAUUUAUUUCUAAUUACAAAUUUUAAAUUUACUUUAAAUCAUUCCUUUGUUCUGCUAUAAAUAUAUUAUAGAGAUUUUAAAUUAUAUGAAUUUAAUUUUAUUAAUUAUAAACAUUAAAUUAUUGAAAUUGUAAGAUUAAUAAAAAGUAAUUUUCUCUUUUUUUUCAUUUGCUCGAGGCUGAUGUGUUAUGUAGAAUUUUUUCUAAGAUCGACUGAGCUUUUUUAAUGAUAGAUAAUUUUUAAGUAAAAAAAAAGUGAAUGCAAUACGAGAUUAUUGUUAUGUAAAGCGUCAUCGAACACGAAGGCCAGUUUUGAAGUUGUUUAAAGAAUCAAAUUGUUUUUUAAUUACAAAACAAUUAUAAAAAAAACUUAGGAUUCAAAAAUUCAAAGUACUUAUUUAUUUGAAAGCAAUUGAAAGGAAAUUAAUUUGAGAAUUAAUAAUGAAAAACUAAUUAGUUAGUCAAUGAUUAAGUUAAAUUCUCAAAAAAAAAAAUAAUAAUAAUAAUAAUAAUACAAUCAAUAAUAAUUCAAGAAUCUAUGUGCAACACUCAAGACUUUGUAUUAAUCAAAAUAAUGAAACGAAAAAUGUGCUUAUCUUUGCCAUAUAAACUUGAAAUAUUUUUAAAUCUAGUUUUAUAAAAAUACAUUUAAUUUUAAUCCAAGACUGGAACUCAACAAGAUUUGACUAUAGAGUGUAUUUUAGAAUUAUCUAAUUUACAGUUUGAUUUGAUGAAUAUUUUUAAAAUAUGUAAAAAAAAUUGUGUCUUUUUCACGUGUCCAAGAAUUUUAUUGGGAAUAUUUAAAAAAAAAAAUUUACAGUCCGUAAUUAUAUUUCAUGGAGAGAGUUAAUUUUUAAAAAGUAUUUUUUUCUUCAAUUCAUUAUUUUUCAAUUAAAAAAAAAAUUGCGGCCUAGAAACUUUGUGUGAAAUACACUAUGGAGUGGCGCUAUAAAAUUGGUCAAAAUUUCAUGAAAUGUUCGGGUUAAAAAAUACAAAUUAUUCAAUUUAAUCAAAAAGUUUAUAAUUUAAUAUUAUCAUUAAUAUAACCAAAAUUUAAAUACCAAAUAUUUUUGAAUUUUACGAUAUAAAAAGUUGGAGAUUCAAAUUUUUUACUUUUUUUUUAAUAAAAUAAAAUUUAUAGAGAGAAAAAAAAUAAAUAUUUUUGAUUAAAUUAGAUAACUUGUAUUUUUUGACAAAGAAAGAGGAAUUUUUACUAGAAAUUCUGAAAAAUGUACUAGAAUAAGUUUCUCUUCGUCUAUUAUAUUUUAUGAAUUUUAAUCCACUGACAAAAUCUCAAACCAAUAGAAACUUCAUAGACGUAAAAUAAAAUAUCAGAAAUUUAAACUUAAAUUUCAACACAUUUUGAAAAAAGAAUAAACAUCAAUAUAUUUAUCUAAUUGAAAUUUAGUUUGAUAUUAAAAUUUAUCUAAAUUUUUUCUGUUUACUCUUAUGAAUAGGUACUAUUUUAAAUUGAGAUUAUGCCGUUGGUUUUAAAAAAAUUCCUGAAUAUAUGUGCAAAAUUUCGACGUAUCAAUAGAUUUAAAAAAAAUGUUAUAAACUUGAAAAUUUACGUUAAACUUGCGACAGAUACGUUUUGCACGCAAUUGAUAUACAAGAUUAGUAUUUAAAACAAAAAAAAAUAAUAAUAAUAAUAAUUGUGACCCUCAAAGGAAGGAACACUAUUUUGUGAACACUAAGUGAAUUCUAGAUUAAUGAGAGAGUACAUGAGAAGAAAUAUUUAAUCGAUAUUUUUUUUUUUAAUUUUAAAAAUGUGUAUUAAUUACAUCAAACUUCCAAUCGUUAAGUUAAAUUUUUAUUUUACAGCUAUUAUUGACAAGUGUUGCAUUUCUGUCAGCAUUGUUGUUAUCUAUCUUAUACGAAAUUAAAUUAUUUUAAUAUUAA